AUGACUACUGUUAAUUAUUCAAAUGUUUAUUCGAUUACUCCACCUGAAAUUGUUUUCAGUUUGCUAUUCAUGAUGAUAGGAACUGUUAUUUUUGCCUUCGUUAUUGGAGAAAUUCUACUUAUAUUGGAAGAUGUUAAAUAUGGAUAUAACCUUUAUGAUAAAAAAGACUCUAUUAUAUUCUUAAAGGCUAAGUUUAAAUUAUUUACUAACCCUCUGAUUAACAAUAGUUUUCUUGGAAUAUUAAAACUUCAUUUUAUAAUCUAACAUUAGAAAUUUAAGAAAACAAAAAUAUUAAAUUGA